AAAAGCCACUCUGUUGUUAGGGUCCGGGCCCUGCAUUUCUCUCCAGUAGCUGCUGCUGCCUCCGCUAGACUGGACGCGCUCCAUCCUCCUUGUCUAACAUCUACCUCAAAACUGCUGGAGGUUGCGGGGCUCCCUCCCUGAAAGUAGGAGGAGGAGGAGGCAGCGGCGGAUUGGUUUGCAAAGGGCAACGCAGUGUAGUUGCAAAAGGGAUUUGACUCCGGAAUAAGACCCCCUCCUACCACGUGUAAACGCACCCAGGCGCACACUACUCUCCCCGUUUGUUUGCCUAGGGCUGUUCGGCUGGCAGGGCCAGCGAACGACGCGGAAGAUGCACACGACCCAGAAGGACACCACUUACACCAAGAUCUUUGUCGGGGGCCUGCCUUAUCAUACCACCGACUCCAGCCUGCGCAAGUACUUCGAGGUGUUCGGGGAGAUCGAGGAAGCCGUGGUCAUCACCGACAGGCAGACCGGCAAGUCCCGGGGAUACGGAUUUGUCACCAUGGCUGAUAGAGCAGCUGCUGAAAGGGCUUGCAAAGAUCCCAAUCCUAUCAUUGAUGGCAGGAAGGCCAAUGUGAACCUGGCAUACCUGGGAGCAAAACCAAGGAUAAUGCAACCAGGUUUUGCCUUUGGUGUUCAGCAUCUUCAUCCAGCUCUCAUACAGAGGCCUUUUGGGGAUCGUUUACAGUUAAGAUAACUGAUCAGAAGGAUAUGAUGAUAAGAGGUGGAAUAGUUCUGUUUGGAAUUAAACACUGUAACCAGUAGACUCAAACACAAACAAGCUAAAAUGGUGAUUAACGAUGCAUGUAUGUUUUUUCAUAUAGUCAAUAGACCUCCGUGUGCUUUUUUUUUUAUUAUUUUUUACAGAAAUGAAGUGGUGUUGAUAGCUAAACCGUGUGCUUUUAUUUAAUUGAAAGAGCUGUAGUGAAAGUUUUUUGGGGGUCUCUUAAUUUUGUUUUUGUUGUUGAGGAGUGUUGACUUUGCCAUGGGGAGCAAAGGGACUUUUUUUUUUUUUUUUUUUUUCUUGCUUUCGAGCUGUAGCCUGUGACUUUUUUUUUAACCAUAUUCGUAUUUUAUAUUGAGUGCUAAAUUGUGUGACAUCUUGAUUUUUUUUUAAUAAAGAAAAUCAACAUACUGCUUGCAUGUUUAUAGUUCUUGGUUUUGUUCCUUGAGAGGGGUAUGAAGGGGUAUGGAGCUCUUUUGAUUAACAUUGUGCUUCCACUUGGGCUUUCUAAUUCCAGUCUUUAACUUCUCCAUCAGACUUCAAUAUGUAGUGCAUUUCCUUUAAUUAAAAAAAAUAAAAAAAAAAUACAAGUAUACUAUUCCUAAGUACUUCUAACACUUGCUUUUUAUAGACUUAAAAUUAGGAGGUGAAGUCUGCUUAAAUUUUCUGUCCUGUACCACCUCACUAAUUCACGCUGACUAGGUCACUGCAAAAUAAUAAAUUUUGCUAAUUUAAUAAAUAAGCUAACAAAGCAGGAGAAUGCAUCAAAGGAUGUACUUUGUUCAAUUACUUGACAAGUGUAGAUAUAAGAUACUGUACCUUGGUAUUAUGAAAUGGCAGUAGCUGCUCCAUAGUUAAAGUUGAAGCUAGCUUUCCAUUAGAAGUUGAUUGUUUUCCUUUUGAAAAAGUUGUGGGGAUGGGAAAUCAGUCUUCCAGAAACGUUACAUACAACUUCUUAUCUCACAGUAGAGUGGUUUAGUGGUUUUCUGGGAAGCAUGGUAAUAAUCAGGAAACUAGUUUUGAAAAUGUAUCUGAAGCUCAAUUAUGACAUAUAUAUUGCUUCUUAUAAUAUUCCCAGAUAUGUCUUGCUUUGUUGAAGGGAAGUAUCUCUUAAUAUUCUUGGAGAAAUGGUGGGGAAACUGAAAAGAAUAUAUGAUGAUAAUCUGAUGCUCACACUAAGGGAGGGGUUACCUAGAAGGGCAUGAAAGCAGGGUUACAAAGAGGAGCUGGUGGAAUGAGAAGGGAGCAACUGUGAGGAAAAGAGGAAGUACUUGCCUAGCAUAGCAAGAAAGGAGGAACUGGGACUAUCUACUGCUUAAGGGACUUAAUAAAAAUGGAUGCUCUUCUCCAAUCCAUCAGCCUUUUCUGGUUCUACCACACUGUAUAUCAAUCUGAAUUAGAGGCAUAUUUUGCAAAGAGGGGUGGUAUGUGCUUUAAACUGGCAGAAUCCAGUAUUCAUUUUUAUCCUUGUUCCCUGCACCUUUUCUGUUACCGCCAGUUACAAGAGAUUAUACAAUCUAACUUCAUGUUCAAGAGAUGCACUUCCAAUAAUCUCCCACUAAACUCUUAUUUUGAUCUAUGCAUAUAUUUUAGGGGAUAAAGGCUGGGGAGAGCAGUGAAAACUGAGUGGAGUAAUAGAGAGUGAUGACUGUAUGAGAAAGGGGAACAGGCUGGGUUGUGUAAGGGCUCAUUUUUCAGACAUUUUAAUGUUUGGGUCUGCUAAAAAGGACAGAAUUUUUCUGUAAAGAGUAAUAUUUUGAGGUGAUAGCUGGGCUCCAUUGAAACAUACUUUGAGUUUUAAUUUUUUUCUGUGAAUACUAGUAAGUGUACUUCCAUAUGCUAUGUAAAAUUAAGUAAUAUGGAACCUCAGAACUGUGCUCUGCAAGUAAAAGGGGAGAGAGUGCCAUUUUUGUGUGGAUUAAUUAGCAGAGUGCCAUUUCUACAUGUGAAUUAAUUAGCAAAGUGCAAAUUAGUGAGGUUCUACUUUGCUCUUGUCAGCAGUGCUCUGUCAGAGUUCUACCUUUCAGACAAAAUGCAGUUACUUUCAGCAUCACAUUACAUCAGAUUUAGUGGGAGAAUAUACUUAGUUCUGAGUACGGUACCCCCUUCCUCUCCCCCACUCUCCCCCCACCCCCCCGGCUUUACUCUAGCUAAGAGAAGCAACGUUAGUUCCUGUUCAUAAAAUACUUGUAGUUCUGGUUUAUUUUUUCUAUGCUAUAGCGAUUAAUUCUCUCACCCAAGUAACAUUUCCUGAUCUCACCCCCUCUUUACAUCCAGAAUCUCAUUUACUAUAUGUUGAGACCUGGCAUGCUGAAUAUGACCACAAUCAUAGAAAUGUAGGUCAGGAAGGGACCUUGAAGAGUUCAGUGUGGGUUACUUAUCCCACUGUGACUCAUAAAAGUAUAGCUGUAUACUGAAACACCAAAUGUUGUUUUGAAUUAAUGCGGUUUUUUUAAAGAUCUUUUUGUUCCAUUGAGGUAGCUUCUUUUCCUUUGCAUGCAUAAUUACCACUUAACAUCAGUGGAAAAUUACAUGCAUGAAGGGAGAGGUGGAUGUAGGAUGUGAAUAAUUAGAUCUUUUUCCCUGUUCGUCUAAGGACUGAUCCUGAAGUAAAUGGAAAAGUUCCCACCAACUUCAAUGACGGCCGAAUUAAGUCCCAAGAGGACAAGCUGGCCAACGAAUGGUUAGCUGAUAUCAAACACUUGCUAAGUCACCUCUAAGUUUUACAAAAUCCUAAUAAUUGAUUAUAAGGGAUGGAGGGAAGAGUUCUGACCUCAGAUGAUAAUUAAAAGAUCUGUGUAACAUCAGGCAGCUGAUAAUUUUGAAACAGUUGUGGUAUGAAACUGCCAUGGUCAAAGAAAACCAAAUGUAUCUAUUUUUCAAUAUCCUGCAUAAGGCAUUGAGCACAAACUUAACCCCCAAAACAUGCUUGAUUUUUUUGUUUGUUUGUUUAGUGUGCAUAACUCUUCUUCUGGUAUAAGAAGGCUGUUCAAUAUUAAACUUUGAAUUAAAUCUGCUAGUUAAUUGUACUUACAAAGAACAGAUGAAGCAAUGCAAGAUCCAGAAUAGAAGGAACAGGUCUCAUGCACAGUCCAGUAACUACUUGUUCAAGAAUUCAAUGGUAUCACAAUUGUUCUGUCCAUUAAUACUAUUCCAGAUCAGCCUAGGCUACCUUUUUGUUUCAGUUGUAUUUUGUAUGCAUAACACUUACAGUAAACUGCCAAAUAUGUUACUUGUACAGCUACUAUAGUAUUAAACCUAAUUCAUGUUCUAACUUUGCAAAAGUAUUCUUGCAGCUUAGGUUAAUGAAAAUCUUAAAUCUGAUGGCAAGAGCACUUGUAUGCACCAAAAUUACUUGGUGCUAAACAUUACCUUUUUUCUUUCUUUAAGGCAGUAGCUUUACUACAAAAGGAAAAAAAAAUUCCUUGCCAUAAGACCGUUGUAUAAUUAAAAUAUUGUCCCAAUAUAAUAUUGUCUGUUAUAAAGUAGUACUCUUUUAUAAAAAUGAGUGUUUUAUUAAGGUGUCACAGCACAAUGGGAAACUGAGGUCAAAAGAUUAAAGAGCAGUGUUUCAGUGUCAUUGAGAUGUAUGCAUGCUUGCCUUUGCAGUAGAUAGACGUUUACUUUGGCCUUAUAAAGUCAUUUUACUCUGCUUGAAACCCUUGUCUCAUGACAGAUGGAUCAAAAAUAGCCCCACUGCAGCUUAUACUGUCAAUCACCAUAUCUGAAACGGCAUGAUGGUGGGGGGCCUGCACAGGGUUCAUGUAUAAUGCAGACUAAACUGCUGGUGUAAAGGGAUAGUUUCGUAAUUCACCACCUGUUUUGUUUCUUGGCUUAAAGGAAACAAGUCACAAGGGUUUAAGUGGGAGCAUGUGUAUCUUUCAGUCUAGUUUUUAAAAAGAAGUUGUACAAGUGUUCUAAGAAAUCCUCGGUAACGUCAUUUCUGUUCGCACAGAGAAAGAUCUAGAAAUGUA